AUGUUGUGGCAAGGAUACCUUAGAGAACUACUAAGCGACAAAGGGAGAAAUAACUUCCCCAGAGAACACGAACACCAAGUUUCGCCGAAGCGGCCAUCACCAGCUCGUACUAUCAACAUGAUCAUCAGUGGCAGUAACAACGCCUCUAUCAACGACAUGAAUUUCACCACCACUCACAAGCUCAAGCGAUCUAUCACUCACGAACGGUACGACAGACUCGAAGAAAGUAUCACCUUCGAUGAGUCAGAUGCCGAAAGUUUGACUUUCCCUCAUAACGAUUCCCUCGUCAUUACUUUACACAUUUUAGAUACUGAUGUCAAAUGUAUCAUGGUGGACGAUGGAAGUGGAGCGUGCAUUAUCCAUCCCCGAGUCCUCGCCCAAAUGAGACUCAAGGACAAGAUAGUGCCACGCUGCAUCACACUAACCGGUUUUAACAAUGCAGUUGAGCAGACAUCAGGAGAAAUUACACUCCCUGUCUUGGCCGACGGCGUAACGCUGGAGACGACAUUCCACAUCAUGGACCAGGCCACUGCCCAUGCAGAUAUACCGGGAAACCCCCUGGAGAUCGCCAUACACAAAUUAAACAUCGACAAGUUCUACCCCAAUAAGGCAGGUCUGACGUAA